UUCAUCACUCGAAAACACUAAACUAUCUGAGCUCAGUUAAUUAGUUAUGGAGUUCCAAACAACACAUUGUGCUCUCAUUUGGUUACUGUUAAUGGCAAUUCUUAGCUUGCAAGGACAUGGAAUAAACAAUGUAACCUACGACGGAAGAUCUCUGAUCAUCGAUGGCCACCAUCGAAUUCUCUUCUCUGGUUCUAUUCAUUAUCCUCGCAGUACUCCUGAGAUGUGGCCAUCUUUGAUAUCUAAAGCGAAGAACGGAGGAAUAGAUGUUAUACAGACAUAUGUAUUUUGGAACCUCCAUGAACCGCAUAGAGGACAGUAUGAUUUUAGUGGAAGAAAAGAUAUAGUAAAGUUCAUAAAGGAAAUACAGGCCCAGGGGCUCUAUGUUGCCCUUAGAAUUGGUCCCUAUAUCGAAGCUGAAUGGACUUAUGGCGGACUCCCUUAUUGGUUGCAUGACAUUCCAGGAAUUGUCUUCCGAUCUGAUAAUGAUCCUUUCAAGCAUCACAUGCAACGUUUUGUAACUAAAAUAGUAAACAUAAUGAAGUAUCAUAGAUUAUAUGCCUCGCAAGGAGGGCCUAUCAUAAUAUCACAGAUUGAGAAUGAGUACCAAAAUGUCGAAGCAGCCUUUCAUGAGAAUGGACCAAGAUAUGUUAAUUGGGCUGCAUCCAUGGCAGUGAGACUUCAAACUGGUGUCCCCUGGAUGAUGUGUAAGCAAGAUGAUGCACCUGACCCAGUGAUUAAUACAUGCAACGGAAUGCGAUGUGGAGAAACAUUUAAAGGUCCCAACUCGCCAAAUAAGCCAGCAAUGUGGACUGAGAACUGGACAAGUUUCUAUCAAACAUACGGUGGAGAGACUUACAUGAGAUCAGCUGAAGACAUAGCAUUUCAUGCUGCUUUAUUCAUUGCGAAAAAAGGAAGCUACAUAAAUUAUUACAUGUAUCAUGGAGGAACCAAUUUUGGAAGAACAGCUUCAGCAUUUAUGAUAACAAGCUAUUAUGACCAAAGCCCCCUUGAUGAAUAUGGUCAAAUCAGCCAACCAAAGUGGGGUCAUCUUAAGAAAUUGCAUGCCACAAUAAAGUCAUGCUCAGACACACUACUUCAUGGAGCAAAUUAUACUGUUCAUUUGGGUAAACUACAACAAGCCUAUGUUUUCAAGGAAAAUUCAGGAGCAUGUGUUGCCUUUCUAGUAAACAAUAGUAGCAGAAGAGAUGCCCAAGUCCUCUUUCAAAAUAUUUCGUAUCAGAUCCCCAGAAAGUCAAUCAGCAUUCUACCAAACUGCAAGACUGUAACCUUUAAUACGGCAAAGGUAAACACACAAUACAAUACAAGGUCUAUGAUAAAGAGCCGACGGUUCAAUCCAACAGAAACGUGGGAAGAAUAUGAAGAAACUAUUCCUGCAUUUGACAAGACUUCUUUAAGAGAAACAUCUUUGUUAGAUCACAUGAGCAUCACGAAAGAUCAAUCUGACUACCUUUGGUACACUUUCAGGUUUAAAAAUGAUUUUCCCAAUGCUCAAGCUGUGAUACAAGCUUUCUCACAUGGACAUGUUCUACAUGCAUACAUUAAUGGAGUAUAUGCUGGGUCCGCGCAUGGAAAUCAUUCGAAUCCAAUUUUCACUUUGGAGAAUUCAAUUUAUCUGAAAGAAGGGGAAAACGAUGUUGCCUUACUCAGUGCAACAGUUGGAUUACCGAAUGCAGGAGCAUAUCUUGAGCGUAAGAUUGCUGGAUUACGUAGAGUAAGCCUUCAAAACAAGGAUUUCACUAGAUAUGAAUGGGGAUAUCAGGUUGGAUUGGUGGGAGAGGAGUUACAAAUUUACACAGAAAAAGGAUCCAGUAACGUCCAAUGGAACAAAUUUAAAGGUUCUUCUCAACGACCACUGACAUGGUAUAAGACUCUUUUUGAUGCGCCUGCAGGGAAUGACCCAGUUGCACUGAACCUUCAUUCAAUGGGAAAGGGUGAAGCUUGGGUUAAUGGCCAAAGCAUUGGCCGGUAUUGGGUAUCAUUCCAUACUUACAAAGGACGUCCUUCCCAAACAUGGUAUCAUAUACCUCGAUCUUUCCUCAAACCAACUGGCAAUCUAUUAGUUCUGCUAGAGGAAGAACAGGGGUACCCCCCUGAUAUUACAGUAGAUACUAUUUCAAUCACAAGAGUAUGCAGGCAUGUCUCUGAAUCACAUUUCUCAGCAGUUCAUCUUAGUUGCCCUCGAAACAUGAAAAUUUCCAGUAUCCAAUUUGCAAGCUUUGGAACUCCUGUGGGUAACUGUGAAAGUUAUGCCAUUGGAAACUGCCACUCAUCAAAUUCUAAAGCCGUUGCAGAAAAGGCAUGUAUAGGGAAGCAGAAGUGUUCAAUCGUCCGAUCAAAUCAAUUUUUUGGCGGUGACCCAUGUCCAGGAAUCCCUAAAGCACUGCUAGUUGCUGCCGAAUGCACAUGACAGACACGAGUUCUAGAUUAAGGAAUUCAUUAUUCAAUUUUUGAAUGUUAUAUGUAGAUGGAUAGCAAAUCAUUUUUAGGGUGUUAACACCAAUUAGAUAGCUUUCAGUUAUAAUCUCAAACUCUUCAUUUCCUGUACACAGCCUUUUCACUUGUUUUGCACAUUUUAGUUGUCAAGAAAACAAAGGAAUACAAGAAUAAGAUUUUCUUUUUUAGUAUUUCAAUGGAUUCUGUAUAACUUUGUAAUCAUUUAAUCACAGAGUUUGACUUCAAUUUACAAGAGAAAAUAAAGAUACAAACUGAAAAGCCAAGAAUAU